UCCGGCAAGACGCAGAGCACUCCCCGUCACAACUGCAGGGCGCUGCGGCACCGAGGCCCUCUCAUGUGUGGCAAAACUCGCCCUGCGAGUGCUGGUGUUACUGUAAAUUCGGUCUCAAAAGAACGCUCUGACUUAGUUUGACGCUUUAGCAGGCGGGCACUUUUACUGCAGCGCUGGAUGCACGGGGGAUCAUUCCACCUGACGUGCAUGCUGAAAGACAAGGGCACUCAUUAUAUACAAUAAAAGACAUUGAUAUUCAUGUAAUUUUCGAGAAGUACACGCCUAUUUCCGGAGAAUCCAAUGCAUACGUCAAUACAUUGCGCAAGUGUACUAAAAUCUGGGGAAGGGUCUCUGAGGGGCUUCCACAGGUGCCUGCUGGUUCAUCUGCCCUGUCUGGGAUGUGCCCAUCGCACCUGCAAAAAUUAUGUCCUUGGGUGCAUUCCUGUCUGAGGCCCCUUAGAGCAGUCGGCACCAACUGCUUGCAGGCAUCACAGGGACAGGCAUGCUUUGCUUCCUGGCCUGCCCGCUCCUUCACUCUCGGCGCAGUCAACUGCCCUUGCUAACGUGUGGCCUGGGUAAGUGAUGGAAAUGCACAGAGCAAAAUAUGCUUCCAUGCCAUACUAUGUGAAGAAAAAAACCUUCCAUAAAAAAGGAUCAUUUUCUUUCUCAGUUAAGGCAGGAUUUAUUAGAUGUAAAUAGCAACAGAGAAUGAAGGAGAAUAAGGCAAAGCCAUGUAUUAUUUAGCAGAACAAGGCUAACAUUUCUUUAAAAUAAAUAUUAUUCCAUUGCUGUACUACUGUUACUUAGUUUUAGAAGUCAGUAACCGACACUGGCAAGCCAGGCUUUUCUGAACGCAAGAUAAAUUUAAUGAUAGUAUUUUAUAAUGCACUGAAGUGACACACAGAUUAUGGUCUGUAAGUCUGCAGUGCAAAAUCUGCAGAUAGUUUAUGAAACCACUUUAAAAAUAAGGACUUUGCAGCCUUUGUGUGGCUACACUAGUGAUGCACAAAGAUACCUGUGUGUUGGCAGUGGGUGUUUAGUUGUAGGACUGUCACCGUGACCAAGAAAAAGCUGCAUUUCCCAGGGCCGGUUCUGGUCAGGACUCAGCAGAGGCAGAGCCAAGGGCAGGAAGGGACAGUAGCUCUACCAGUGCUGCUUUUAGACUCUGCUGUGUCUUUCUCGUAUUGUAUUCUUGUAUUUCUUUUCUGUGCCCUGCAGCUAGCUGAGUUCAGGGUCCUGCUGUAGCACACUGCCUAGUCAGACUGCCCUGUUCAGGAACUGAUCGGUACCAUCUUCAAGCAGUUUAUAUCGGGUCUGUCUGUACGGUGAAAAUGUGAAGUCUGACCCAGGCUCUGAACUGUCCCCAUUUUCAGAUUUAGUUUAUUCACAGGCAAGUCAUUUUACUUGUUCCUAAUCCAACACCGCUUAGAAUUUUAAAUAGUUCUUUAUCCUUGCUGAUUGUUGGCACCUUCUCCAUGUAUGUAUAUGAAUGCAAAUGGAUACAUGCUUACACAAUGUCAUACAUAAAUAUAUGUAUGCAUAUAUUUAUAAAGUGGAGUCACAUUCCUUCCUAGACAAAAGAAGUCAUGCUGUUGCCAGCUCUUCAGGCAUGACUCAUUUUUGGUUUCCUUUAUCAUCCUUGGCUUUCCCUGUACUUUUAAACACAGAAUACCAAAACUGCAGAUAAUACUCCACAGUUUGCUCUUUAUUUCUGAAGUUUUUGCAGCUGUUAAAAACCGGCUGAUUUCUGAAGUUUUGAACAAAAUACAAAUAAUGGUCAGGUGCACCAAAACUGCCAGGGGGAUUCCAUGAACCAAGGAAGAAAAGGGGAAAAAAUUAUAAUGGAAGAUACGUCUCACAGAUCAGUUUCACUAGUCUUCAGAUUUCAAGCACUGGUGUAUUUUGAGGCCUGUUUUGAAAGUUAAUAGCUUCACAAGUACUGUGCCGGGAUAGAUGCCUGUAACUAUUUAAUUUGCAAGUACAAAUCUUGGGCAUACAACUCAUUUGCUUAUUUUCCAGUCUAUAUAUUGCAGGCAAGUUUUAUCUGUGUUUCUCUCUUUUUUUCCCUGCAAGUUUUUUCAUCAUUCAAGAAGAAAAAUAUAAUUAUCAGUGUUUUUAUUAGAUGGUUCUAGUGAAAUGGUACUUAGCUGCAUGCUUUCUGUAUGUAAGAAAUCUAAAUAGUUUUGAUAACAGGAAAAAAUCAGCUCACAAUAAACAAAAAUGUGACACCCUAAAUUUAAUGUUUGUGAAAAACUGGGAAUGUCGACCAAUACUUUAAAUGUCUGAUAAAAUAGGUUUAAAAUUAAGGCACUGUUUUUACUUGGAAGCAUGGCUGAAUCAGUAGAACUUGAGCUUAAAAGACAGUGAAGACACUUUUAAGGCUAGUGAAAUAAUAUUAGUGCUUAAUCAAUAUAAGAUCAAGUAACUAGCUGGAUUACUUCCACAAAAUGACAUUUGGAAGACGAGAAAACAUACAGAAUUUGGGGUCAGUGCUAUGAGAAACAAGUUGUAUGCUAGCUAUGGAAGAGUUAUCAAGCCUGGGAUAAGCCACAAGUUUCAAGUAUGGUAAUGGUUACUUCAUUAUGUUUUAAUGCCAAGGUGAAGAUUUCGCAUGGCAUCUUACUUUCUUCAUUAUGUGAUUAGGGUGGUUCUGAAUUAAUGUGGAUUAAAUGAAACACUUUUCAAAGAAAAGUAUCAGAACCAGGAAAAAAGUCAUCGUGUUAGAUACUUUAUGAAAAAAAAAAUGGACUGAAAAUAUUAAGUGUGACAUGCCAUUUUAUUUGACAGUAAAUUCUUCCUCUUAACAAAUGGCUAACAUCUCUAUACACAAAAAAGCUGUGUAAAAGUAGGUACUCUUGUGAGGAGAAAUGAAUUAGAAUUGCUGGGUUCUGUAAAGAAGUUCAAGCUCAAAUUUUAAAAUUCUGAAGAGAACAUCAAGCCUCCAUAAAUUUUGUUCCUGUCAGAUUUUCUCUCUGGGUUAAAGCUGUCUGAUACUAUAAAUUACUGUUGAUUGCUCAUUGUGUAUAGUAACACUAUGCAUCUUUUUGAAAGAGUAGUUUUAAGGACUAGGGUUUACUGAAGUGGAGUUAAGUCUUUCCAAUAUAAGUAGACAAAUCUGACUCAUGGGGGUAACUUGUUUUUUCUUCUUCCCUGCAUCCUCAGGAUGACAGUCUUUUGUGUGAUGAAACUUUUAUGUCAAGCAACCAGAAAUGAAAAUAGAUACGCAAAAAGAUUCUUCAGUACUCUUCUGACAGAAACAGCACAGAAAAGGACCUUUGCUCCAUUCUGGAGGGUAGUACCUGACCCUGGAAAGUCAGCUGUGUUGGGACUUACUCAGCUAUUUUGUACAGAUGAAACAUCUCACAAGGAACCUAAAAGGAAAGCAGUAUUUGGAAGUGUUGGGCGAAGAAUUCCCUAUCGGAUUUUGCACGUAAUCAACCAGGAUGGAGAGAGCUUAGGAAACAUGCAUCGAGCAGAGGCACUCAAACUUAUGGAUCAACAUAACCUGAAACUAGUUCUCCUGCGUGAGAAUGCAGAACCUCCUGUAUACAGACUAAUGACUGGGCAGCAGAUUCAUGAAGAACAGCUUAAACGGGCAGAGAAGAAAAAAGCAAAUCCAAAACCAGGAACGGUUCAGAAGGAGUUAUCCUUUUCUUCAGCUAUUGCCAAGAAUGACUUAGAGACCAAGACUAAACAAAUAACACAAUGGAUUGAAAAGAAAUACCAUGUUAAAGUUACCAUCCGACAAGCAAAAGAUAGCAAUACGGACAUGUUCACACUUUUUGAUCAGAUUUUGGAGAUUGUGUCUGAGAAAGCCACUUAUGUUUCCAAGCCAAAAAUUACUAGAGAAGGAGUGAGUACCUGUAUUUUGAGACACAUGUCUGACAAAGAGUUGAAAGCAUACCAGAAUAUGGAAAAACAGAAAAACAGUGCAGUAGAAGAUGAAAAUGAAGAUCUGAAGUCAAAUGAGUUGCAUCCAUGA